AUGUCCUACGUUGGGGGUCUCCAGGUGGACGUGUCCCCCGCCCGGCCCCUCUUCAAACUGGGCCAGCUCGGGCAACUUUCUUGCUCCGUCGCCGACUGUCCCGUCACCCCGUCGGUGUCUUGGACGGCACCGGAUGACCGACCGCUGCGCGGUCGCGUGCGCGCGCAGGACCGGCUGUCCCUGCUGACCUUCGACCCCGUGGAGAGGGAGCACGAAGGCCCGCUGAGGUGUCGAGUCACCUGCGGGAAGGAGAGCAAACAUGCUAAAACACAUGUUGGCAUCUACGCCUUCCCGUUGGACCCCGUGGUCCAGGGUGGUGACCCCGUUCGCGAGAGGGAGGAGGUAACGCUCACGUGUCGGGUGGAUGACGUUUACCCCACCGAGAUGCUGACACUGGAUUGGCUGAGAGGAGAUCAGGUGCUGAGCAGCAUCGCCGGAGAGGCGGGGGUCCAAUCCGUCCGAUUGGAGUACAGAUUCGUGCCUCGCAGGGAGGAUUCGGGGCAAAACCUCACCUGCAGGGCCACUCUAAACCUGCCCGACUUGGACCCCGCGGAGCGCACCCGGCAGAGCCACGCCCACAUUCACGUCACGUUCCCGCCGAAGAUCACGUCGCUGUCGGCCCCCGAGUCGGCGAUGUCUGGAUCAGUUCUGGUUCUGCGGUGUUCCGCGUCCGGCGACCCGCCCCCCAACCUCACAUGGACAUUCCGGCCCGAAUCCGGUGGACCGUCGGAAGUCAAAGGUCAUGGCGAGGAGCUGUCGUUGACCGCGCGAGCGGGCGAGUACCGAUGUGAGGCUCGCAACCGUCUCGGCAACCACAGCGAGGCGGCACGCAUCCAAGAUGAGAGGUCGGCGGGGCGUGACCCGGCAUUUGCUCCGCCCGCAGCCCCGCCCACCAACACGUCUUUGUUGGCGCUUCCGGGUCAGGAGGUCACGGAGGGCCAACGCGUCAUCUUCACCUGCCGCUCGAAGGGAAACCCGCCCCCUAGGCUGGUGUUUAGUAGGGAAGGGGCGGAGCUUCAUAGCUCAGACUCCACCCCUUCCGUGACCUACAGCCUAACGGCGCGACCUCAAGAUUCCGGCCUCUACCGUUGUGACGCCACCAACGCUUUCGGGAGUCAACGCGUGGAACGAUACGUCACCGUUGCGGCUCACCCUCUACACGUGGAGGCGAGUCCGCAGGUGGCGCUGGCGAGCGUGUCUUCCGAAGUUCUUCUGACCUGCACGUCUUCGGGGUGUUCCACGUUACCAUCGCUCACCUGGAGCAAGACAGAACCCAAGGGCGGUGCCCUGGCGGCCGACGGUGUCCACACAGGGUCCUCAGAGUCCCGCCUCCUCCUGCGGGACUUACAGCUCCAGGACAGGGGAGGGUACGAGUGCCGGGCUACCUGCGACAACGUCACCAGGAUUGGACGGGCGACCGUUCACGUCUACUCUCUCCCGUCUGAUCCGGUCAUCGCAGACAGCGGGGCUGUGACUCUUGGACAGGAGGCCCGGAUCCAGUGCGACGUGCGGGACGUCUUUCCGGCCGAGCGCCUGCACCUUUCCUGGUCCUCGGGCAAUGUCAGCCUGCUGGUCCAGACCUUCUCCCCAUCCCUGUCCCUGCAGAACAUCUCGGCCGUCUUGCGCCACCGCGCCGAGGCCGAGCAGCUCCUAGUGAGCUGCGAGGCCAGUCUCUUGACGGACGCCGGUGCCGUCUGGAGGUCCAGGAAGUCCAGUGUCCUACUCAAGGUGCACUACCCCCCCAGGAGAACUUCUGUCGCCGUGAGUCCAGCGCGGGAAGUCAUUGAGGGGCAGAGGGUCACCCUCACCUGUCACUCGGACGGAGCGCCGCCCCCCACCUUGAUACUCAGGAGGGAAGGGGCGGAGCUUCGGCGCUCCGACGCCACCUUUUCGCUCUCAUACAGCCUGACGGCGCAACUGCGGGACACCGCCCACUACCUGUGCAAUGCCUCCAAUGAGCUGGGGUCGCAGGAGGUCACAAGCCAGGUCACCGUCACAGCUCCGCCCAGAAACACGACAGUACUGGUUCUCCCAUCGUGGUUGGUGUCGGCGGGUCAGAACGUGACGGUACGGUGCCAAUCCGUGGGAUUUCCUCCGCCGGACGUCCACCUGACGCAUCUGUCGGACGGGACGGAGCGCCUCUCCGCCGACGGGGUCUUCCGAUUGGUCAACGUGACGUCCCGCGACUCCGGCCUCUACCAGGUCAACGCGAGCAACGACUUGGGAUACCAGGUCCGAAAGUUCCGUCUCAGCGUGGCAGAACCGAGCACUAAGACUCUACCCGCUCUGGCCGCCAUCUUGGCGCCGGUCGCCGUCGGAGUGGUCGGAUUGGCCGUCGGCGCGCUGGUCUUGGAGUACUUAAGAAGGUCCAAAAAGAAAGGAUUCUACCAGCUGACACCAUCGGCGCCAGCUCCUGAGCACCACGCCAUGAGUGCCACCUCCACCUGA